AUGGUAAAGGAAAAAAUAGCUUAUGGUUUUGUAUUGUUAAUUUUAAUACUUCAUCACUAUAAAUAUUUUAUUAGAGAUAUAAUAUUACAAGGUAUUUCUAAUUACAAAUUAGAAACAUUAAUUUUACAUGGAAUAUAUCCCAUGGAUAAAGAAAUAGACAAUGAAUACGCCAAUUUGUUAAUAAGUAAUCAAAAAAUAUUUCGUGUUUAUAAUUUAUCAAUGAUUUUAUCUUUAAUGAUGCCUGUUAUUGUUCCAUUUAUAAGAUUAUUAUAA